AUGUCACACGCUUUGUCGGACGACCAGGAAUUCGCCAUUGAAAAAUCCAAGCUUGUCCGCCAAGAAACAUCCUCCAUCGACACCCAAUACGAGAAGAAAUUCAAAACCGCCCGCAUGUCCCAACAAAUCACUCAAUCGACCGUCGCAAACAAGACUCGUCUCAAGGUACUUUCUGCUCGCCAGGAGCUACUCGAUGGCAUUUUUGAACAAGCACAGGGAAAGCUGAAGGAAGCCACGAGUGAUAAGGGUAAAUAUACGGAGAUAAUGAAGAAUUUGUUGUUGGAGGGCAUGUAUGCGUUGAAUGAGGAAAAGUUGCAGGUAAGGGGGAGAAAACAGGAUUAUGAGGUUCUUAAGAAAGCGAUUGAGGAGGCGCAGAAGGAGUAUAAGGAGAAGACGAAGAAGGAUGUUGUGGCGAGUAUAGAUGAGAAGAAUCCUUUGCCGGAAGAUACUGCUGGUGGUUUGUCCAUCAUUGGCGGAGGAGGCAAGAUUGAUAUCAACAAUACUUUUGAGGAGCGUCUGAAGUUACUCCAGGAUAAUGCAUUACCCUCUGUUCGAAACACAUUAUUUGGACCUAAUGUCAACCGGAAGUUCUACGAUUAG